CAAUCCCAUUCAAUUCAAAAUGCGUGCCACCGUCGCUCUCGGAAACGCUGCUCGCACUCCUCUCAUUCGGUUCCUUGGUCGCCGUUCCGUGCCUCAGUCUGUUGACCACACUCCUCGUCCUCACCCCGCUUCUCCGUCCGGCAUUCUUCCCGACUCUUUUGCCGCCUAUCGCUCCAAGGCUCAGCAGCACGGCCCGCUUGGUCGCGCCUCUUUCACUCAGGGCGCCAUCGGCCGUAACUCGGGCGCUUCUCUGGGCCCCGUCCAGCCCAAGCAGGGCGAGUUUUUCGAUCGCGUUGAGCUUCCUUCCCGUUUCCACCGCCUUCCCUGGAGCGAGGCGGAGAUCGAAGCCAUUGAGACCGGCGGUGCCAGUCUCUGUGCUUAGAUUCUCCAUGCCACCAUGAGGGAUGAUGCAAUGAAGACACUUGUAGGAUGAGCACGAUGCAUGGUAUGGCACGUUGCCAUGAGAGAGGAGUGGUCGUUUGCGACCGAAGCUAUGACGGGAAGAACUCUUCAACAGGUGCCCCGUGGGUGCUUGGGCAGGAGCCGUGAGUUCGGAGAGACCUCGCGUCAUCCCGAAACCAAGCCGCUAUAUCAAUUCCUGGCCGGACGCAAUUUUAUUAUCCGAACCCGGUCAUGGAUCCCGUCUUGAACACCUCGGGUAUGGGGUUUUCUCCGGUCCACGGCUCCCUCUUUUCUUUUUUCUUUUCUUUUUCCCUUUUUUUUUCAUUUCUUUUGUUUUUUUUUUUUUUCCUACUCCGUAUCAAGGCGCUGGUGGUUGCAAGUCAUUCAUACU